AUGGCAUUGUAUUACAAUUUAGUGUUUUUAUUACUUGUCGUUGAAAUGGCAUUUUUUGCCAUUCUUUCACUUCCAUAUCCAAGAAAAGUUAGAAGAGCUGUCUUAACAACAGUAUCUGCUCCAUUCCGAAAUGAUCAAUUCCAAAUUGCAUUGAAAUGUGUUCUAGGAUUCGUUGCUAUCUUAUUCAUUGACUCUGUUAAUCGUGUCUAUUCUGUCACUGCUGAAUUAAACACCGUGUCUCAUACUGCUGGUGGCGCAUCAAUUAUGAAUGAAAGGUCUGAAGUACAAGCUAGAAGAUUCUAUGCUCAACGUAAUAUGUAUCUUUGUGGGUUCACUUUGUUCCUUCAUUUGAUUUUAAUUAGAACUUACUCAUUGGUAGCGGAAUUGAUUGUUACCAAAGAUAAAUUGGAUGACUUAAAGGAAACAAAAACUGAAAAUGUUGAAGUUGCUAGAUUAAGGAAGGAAUUGGCCGAAAAGGAAGAAGAUUUGGAAAUCUUAAAAGGUCAAGCAAAGGGAUUAUCGAAUGAUUAUGAAGAGAUUGCCUCUAAAGGGAAAUUAAAAUCAAGAGAUUAA